UUUCUGAAGCGCCUCCGGUAAACAAGCGCAGCGGGGACACUUUAGGACAACGCACGCCAGUCUCCGCGUGCUGUCUGCUUGGAGCAGCGCGGGCGGAUGUGGACAUUCUGUCGACUCCUUCCUUUACCGUGAGUGGAAUGGACGUGCUAGCGGAGGAGUUCGGGAGCCUGACCCCGGAGCAGCUGGCUGCGCCGAUCCCGACCGUAGAGGAAAAAUGGAGGCUGCUGCCAGCAUUUUUGAAGGUGAAAGGCCUUGUGAAACAGCACAUAGACUCCUUUAACUAUUUCAUUAAUGUAGAGAUUAAGAAAAUAAUGAAAGCCAAUGAAAAGGUUACAAGCGACGCUGACCCCAUGUGGUACUUAAAAUAUCUUAAUAUCUAUGUUGGACUUCCUGAUGUUGAAGAAAGCUUCAAUGUAACGAGACCAGUGUCCCCCCAUGAGUGCCGUUUGAGGGACAUGACGUACUCUGCCCCCAUCACGGUGGACAUUGAGUAUACCCGAGGCAGCCAGAGGAUAAUCCGCAACGCCUUACCCAUUGGCAGAAUGCCCAUCAUGCUGCGAAGUUCAAACUGUGUGCUGACGGGGAAAACUCCAGCAGAGUUUGCCAAACUGAACGAAUGUCCAUUGGACCCAGGCGGCUACUUCAUUGUUAAAGGAGUCGAAAAAGUCAUUCUUAUCCAAGAGCAGCUGUCCAAGAACAGGAUCAUCGUGGAGGCGGACAGGAAAGGGGCCGUUGGAGCUUCGGUUACCAGCUCCACCCAUGAGAAAAAAAGCAGAACCAACAUGGCUGUGAAGCAAGGACGGUUUUAUCUGAGGCACAACACUUUGUCUGAAGAUAUACCCAUUGUCAUCAUAUUUAAGGCCAUGGGUGUUGAGAGUGACCAGGAAAUUGUGCAGAUGAUUGGAACAGAGGAGCACGUGAUGGCUGCGUUUGGGCCCAGCUUGGAGGAGUGCCAGAAAGCUCAGAUUUUCACACAGAUGCAGGCGUUAAAAUAUAUAGGGAAUAAAGUAAGAAGACAAAGAAUGUGGGGAGGUGGACCAAAGAAAACAAAAAUAGAAGAAGCAAGAGAACUCCUGGCUUCUACCAUUCUGACCCAUGUACCUGUUAAGGAAUUCAAUUUCCGAGCUAAGUGCAUCUACACCGCAGUGAUGGUGCGAAGAGUGAUUCUGGCCCAAGGAGACAACAAAGUCGAUGACCGAGACUAUUACGGAAACAAGCGUCUGGAGUUGGCGGGACAGCUCUUAGCUCUUCUUUUUGAAGAUUUGUUCAAAAAAUUUAAUUCAGAAAUGAAGAAGAUUGCAGACCAGGUGAUUCCUAAGCAAAGAGCAGCCCAGUUUGAUGUCGUGAAGCACAUGCGUCAGGACCAGAUCACCAACGGCAUGGUGAACGCCAUCUCCACUGGGAAUUGGUCUCUAAAGAGAUUUAAAAUGGACCGCCAGGGUGUGACCCAGGUGCUGUCUCGGUUGUCAUAUAUUUCUGCACUCGGCAUGAUGACAAGAAUCUCUUCCCAGUUUGAAAAAACAAGAAAAGUGAGUGGUCCUCGUUCUCUCCAGCCAUCUCAGUGGGGGAUGCUGUGUCCCUCUGACACACCUGAAGGAGAGGCCUGUGGUUUGGUUAAAAACUUGGCCCUUAUGACACAUAUUACAACUGACAUGGAAGACGGACCUAUUAUUAAGUUAGCUAGUAACCUAGGAGUAGAAGAUGUGAAUUUACUGUGUGGCGAAGAACUCUCUUACCCCAAUGUGUUUCUUGUCUUCCUGAAUGGCAACAUCCUAGGUGUCAUCCGAGACCAUCAAAAGCUUGUCGGUACAUUUCGGCUGAUGCGAAGGGCAGGCUACAUCAAUGAGUUUGUCUCUAUCUCUACAAAUCUUACAGACCGCUGUGUUUAUAUCUCCUCUGAUGGAGGACGGUUGUGCAGGCCUUACAUAAUUGUCAAGAGACAAAAGCCGGCAGUCACAAAUAAGCAUAUGGAAGAGUUGGCUCAAGGUUACAGGAACUUCGAAGAUUUCUUACACGAGAGUCUAGUUGAAUACUUAGAUGUGAAUGAAGAAAAUGAUUGUAACAUUGCACUCUACGAGCACACGAUUAAUAAAGAUACCACCCACCUGGAGAUUGAACCCUUUACUCUUCUUGGUGUUUGUGCUGGCCUCAUCCCAUACCCGCAUCAUAACCAGUCUCCAAGGAACACCUACCAGUGUGCCAUGGGCAAGCAAGCCAUGGGUACCAUUGGAUACAACCAGCGAAACAGAAUUGAUACACUUAUGUAUCUACUGGCAUAUCCACAAAAACCCAUGGUUAAAACGAAGACCAUUGAGUUGAUAGAUUUUGAGAAAUUGCCAGCUGGACAGAAUGCAACCGUUGCCGUGAUGAGUUACAGCGGCUAUGACAUCGAAGAUGCGCUUGUCUUGAACAAGGCCUCCCUAGACCGGGGUUUUGGGCGUUGUCUUGUGUAUAAAAAUGCUAAGUGCACAUUGAAGCGAUACACCAAUCAGACUUUUGACAAGGUGAUGGGUCCCAUGUUGGAUGCUGCUACCAGAAAACCCAUCUGGCGACAUGAAAUCUUAGAUGCAGAUGGCAUUUGUUCUCCAGGUGAGAAAGUAGAAAACAAACAGGUGCUUGUAAACAAGUCCAUGCCCACAGUGACCCAGAUUCCUUUGGAAGGAAGUAGUGUACCGCAGCAGCCACAGUACAAAGACGUGCCCAUCACGUACAAAGGUGCAACAGACUCCUACAUCGAGAAAGUGAUGAUCUCCUCCAACGCCGAGGACGCUUUCCUCAUCAAGAUGCUUCUGAGACAGACACGGCGGCCAGAGAUCGGAGACAAAUUCAGCAGUCGUCAUGGACAGAAAGGUGUUUGUGGCCUGAUCGUCCCCCAGGAGGACAUGCCGUUCUGCGACUCUGGUAUCUGUCCCGACAUCAUAAUGAACCCGCACGGCUUCCCAUCGAGAAUGACGGUCGGAAAGCUAAUUGAGUUGCUGGCUGGCAAGGCCGGUGUGUUAGACGGCAAGUUCCACUAUGGCACGGCCUUCGGAGGGAGUAAAGUAAAGGACGUGUGUGAGGACCUCGUUCGCCAUGGCUAUAACUACCUGGGGAAGGACUAUGUCACCUCAGGCAUCACAGGUGAGCCCUUAGAAGCGUACAUCUACUUUGGACCCGUGUACUAUCAGAAGCUGAAGCACAUGGUGCUGGAUAAGAUGCACGCCCGGGCCCGGGGACCACGUGCCGUGCUCACCAGGCAGCCCACUGAAGGGCGAUCUCGUGAUGGUGGCUUGCGUCUCGGAGAAAUGGAACGUGAUUGUUUAAUCGGCUACGGAGCAAGUAUGCUUUUGCUGGAGAGACUAAUGAUCUCAAGUGAUGCCUUUGAGGUUGACGUCUGUGGGCAGUGUGGACUCCUGGGAUAUUCUGGCUGGUGCCACUACUGCAAGUCGUCGUGCCAUGUGUCCUCGCUCCGCAUCCCGUACGCCUGCAAGCUUCUCUUCCAGGAGUUGCAGUCCAUGAACAUCAUCCCCAGGUUGAAACUGGCCAAGUACAAUGAGUAAGGGUGGGUGCCGUCACUGAGGGGCACGGCCAGCAGCCUGCACUGCGCGGAGCAGAGGACUCUGAAGGACUUCUGUCCUCAUUGAGAGGAGGAGCAGCAGCCUUCUGAGUUCCAAAAGGCUG